AAGCCCUCUUCCGAUAUAUGUUGUACUGUCUGUAGUCACAUGCAACAUACUGUCACUUGUUUUGGUUAUUUUACAAAUAGUUGAACAAGUUUACAGCUACAAUGGACGACCGAGAGCUAGACCUGACAGCAGCACAGAAAGCUACCAAGUCAAAAUACCCGCCAAUCAACAAAAAGUAUGAAUACCUGGAUCAUACAGCAGAUGUACAAAUUCACUCCUGGGGGAACUCUCUAGAGGAAGCGUUUGAGCAGUGCGCCAUGGGCAUGUUCGGCUACAUGACGGACACAGAGACAGUGGAACCGCUGGAUACCGUUGAUGUGGAAUCAGAGGGUCACGACAUCGAGUCCCUUCUUUUCCACUUCCUAGAUGACUGGUUAUAUAAGUUUUCUGCAGAUCUCUUCUUCGUUCCCAGGGAGGUCAAAGUUCUGCACAUAGACAGAAUAAACUUCAAGAUCCGAUCCAUUGGAUGGGGUGAAGAAUUUUCUCUGGAAAAACAUCCACAGGGAACAGAGGUGAAAGCAAUCACAUACUCCGCAAUGCAGAUCCACGAUAAGGAAAAAGCAGAUAUAUUUGCCAUCAUUGAUAUCUGACGAUAUCUCCAAAUGCAGACCACACUCCUGGGAUUAAAUAACUGAAAUAUCUACUUGGCCAAUUUUAAGCGGCCUUUUUGUUGAUGCACUGAUUGUUGACUUGGUUUCUACUUGAAAGGAAAUAUUUACUAAGAGAAGCAUUUCAACAUUUCUUUUGAUACAGGUUCAAUGCAUACCGCUCUCUAGAUUUAAGAUUAGUGAUAUGACACUAAUCAUUUUAUAAUUUACAUUAUUUAACAAACCACAAAAAACAUGAAAAUAAUAGAACUCUUUACGCUUAGUCAAAACUGAAAAGUAAACUUGAUUAAGAAAGAUUUAUUCAUUCUUAAAGACAUUUGUAAACCAAUUGUUGCUUAAAAUAAUUGUGCAAAUACCUGUCAUACCAUUUAAAUGAAUUGUGUUGAUGCCUUAUUAUGCAUUGUAAAUAAAUCAACAGAUUUUUUAUAUUUUUCUGCUGUGGGAUUGAUUAAAUGGUAACUGGUAUUUAAAAAAAAUUAAAUCUUUUGAAUAUUU